GGAAGGAGUCCCAAGUUCUUACUGGAUAGGAGGCUUGGUGGGCCCCAGAGCCGGUCUGCACGUUGUGAAGAAGAGAAACAUUUCGUACUGCCGGGAAUCAUACUCCGGCCGUUCAACACGUAGCUCGUCGCUGUACCGACUGAGCCAUCACGACCCCAAAUUUGGGCUGGGGGGACUGAAAACGCGUAAAUCCGUCAAAAUCCCGGGAGAGAUUUUAUUCGUGAUCGUACAAAAUACGUCACGAGAAAGUAGAAAUGGAACGUUUGUUUUACGUUUUUGUAUAGCCCGCUCCUUAGCUCCGUGUGCGUGGAGCAACUGUCAUCAUUAACCGGGAACGUUUCUCCGUUCCCUCGGGGGUUCUCAGCUUCCGGCGUUCUACUGCAGCAUCUCCGUGACUUACGUAAUAAAAUUGGGCUCCCCCCUCCCCACAAUGUUCCUCCCUUGGCUCCCAGUUAUUGGUGGUCAGCCCGACGCCUAUCCCGAUUUCUACCAAUGGCAAGGGGUAUGUUGGGCGUGGCGACGCAGUACACCCCGACGUACAGGUUAUGCAUCCCUCCAGAACGACGCUGUAAUUUACCAUGGCUGGUCCGUUCCUGUCACCUCUACCAGGGGAUCUACUGUCGGAGUACAUGUUCGGACGUCGACGCCAGCGCCGAAACCGAACUACUUUCACUCCGCAACAGUUGCAAGAACUGGAGUCGCUGUUCCAAAAGACUCAUUACCCUGAUGUAUUCCUUCGCGAGGAAGUUGCCCUCCGGAUCAGCCUGUCCGAAGCUCGAGUCCAGGUGUGGUUCCAGAACAGACGCGCCAAGUGGCGGAAGCAGGCACGGUUGCAACUGCUGCAGGAUGCCUGGAGGAUGAGGUGUCUAGGACUUGGCGCCCCGCCAUUGCUUCUAGGUAGAGCAUCGCACCCAGGACUUCCUCAGCAGGAGUCUGAAUCUGCCUCUACGAGUUUGAAAAUCUCUGCUGGUUGCAGUGACGGCUUUAGGAUGAUGCACGGGUUGCAACUGUGUGACAAACAACAGCCGACCGCAGUAUCGGCUGCAACGCAGUUCGGGCCGCCUGUGACCAGUAAAGUGUGCUCUUGCACAGUGCCUGCUGUGGUGACAUCUACUGGCGGAGGCAAUCGCAGCCCCAGCCCGUCAACUCCCGUCAGCAGCAACCCUGGAAGUCCAGCAAGCAUCGCAUCAACGCCUGAAGAUCUGCGAGACACUUCGCGGUCAGCACUUGCUGCCAUCUGCGAAUCUUCCGCGGACAGGGAGAGCAAAAACACUACUGACACUUAGAUUUUACGUGAGAGAAGGCCUAGGGCUCCGAAACUGUUCAUUUUGACAUCAGUCAGAAGGGCGACUUGUCUCAGCAAGACUGCAAAGUGAUGAGUGCAGUGUUGAAACCACUUACGUUCCCUCCAAACGGGGGUAAUAUCUCGAGGAAAAAGUAUUCAGAAAAAUAGAAAUUCGCCAAUAAAAGUCAAAAUACAUGCAGACAACAGUCGAGUUCAUUUGUUGAUGUCAGUAUUAUAAUUAAGCGACUGUACCGAUCGUCGCGUCUAGUCUUCUGAAUGUCGAAGGUUCGAAUCUCGGUUCGACGCCCGGCUAUUCUGAAGUUUCUCGUGAUUUCUUCUUCAGAACGUGCAGGAAAACACCGGGACAGCACCUUAAUAGGUUUCUUAAGCUGUACGACCUAUUACUUUAAUGAUUUUGUCUGUUCCAGAAUUAAAAACAAUCCUUUAACUUUCUGAAGCCCGAGGUUUAUGGACAUGGUAUUUAAAAAUCACUUAAUACUUAAUGAGAACUACUGCGUCUCAGUAACAGGGACACAGUUCUUUCUUCUGUUUAUGAAAAUGAUCGCUGAUUAUUCCGAGAAUCGUAUGAAACACUUCAAUACAAUGUGUUAGAAAAAUGCAAAAUCAUUGAUGUCCCCACAGAUGGUACGCAUAACAGCCUUGGUGAUUUUAGAG